AUGGCCUGCAUUUUGCUUCUGGCCUUGAACAAGGACUUUGAUGUUUUCAAUGAGGCAUACAGCUUUCUGGAGCUCUUCUCAGGCAAGGGAUGGGUGACUAAACUGAUGAAAGUGAAUGGUAUCGCAUCCGCAAGCUUUGACAUAUCGUAUGGAGAACCAGUGUUAGUGCUCCUGUCCAUUCUCAAUUGCAAAUUCGAGAACUUUCUCGUGGUCAUCGGCUUGGUAUGCAGCAGCUGGGUCACCGUGACAGCUCUCCUCAUCCUGGCCAUCACGGCCAUGGGAGGGACGUGGAUAUUGGAACAGCCCCGAAGCAGCCUUGUGAUAUGGCAUCCUAGGAUUAGACUGCUUUGGAGGCUACUUCCAAAGGUGUAUGAAGCUCGGUGGUGGGCCUGCAUGUAUGGCUCUGCCACGGCAAAAAGGCAUAUAGCCUGGUCAAAUUCCCCGACAGUGCAGCUUCUGGAUUUGGGUCAGAUGGUGAGGGCGCACUACAAACUACAGGGUGUGAAGUCCACCAAGAAGUACAGAAACAAACGUGGCAAGGUGGCCUUUUGCGGCUCAUCUUUCCUCAAACAAACACAGACGUAUCCACCUGGCUUCGCGAAGAAGAUCACCAAGCUUCACUCCAGGUUCUGUGCGAAGCGGACUUUGGAGUUUGGUGCCGGCAUUGAGGGAGAACAUCUCAACUUAGGAGUUUACCUUUUUGAAGGUCUUUCCUGGGACACUGAUUGGUGGCUUGAUGCUGGAAUGGACAGCACAUUCUGCUACCUUCGUGGAGCCAAGGGAUUGUGUUUGGGAUCCUUGAGGCAUCUUUUCCCAACGCACAUUUAA